UAGCAAUUAGCAAAGAAAAACAAAACCCUUGGUUUAUAGUUGUAUCUCUGCUAUACAGCAAAACAAUGAGCUUAAUCCAUGUCUUUUUGUUUUUAAUUUUUGGGACAUUGGCAUCUCUUUCCAUGUCUCGAACAUUUCAUGAAAGCGCCAUUGUUGAUAAACACGAACAAUGGAUAGCUGAUUAUGGUCGAAAAUAUGAGAGUAAAUUACAAAAAGAGAAGGGUCUUAAUAUAUUUAAGGAGAACUUGAACUAUAUUGAGAGCUUCAACAAUGGUGGAAAUAGAAGUUUUAAGUUAGGACUCAAUGAAUUUGCAGACAUGACAUAUGAUGAAUUCAUUGCAACACAUACGGGAUACAAGAUGCAAGACAACCUCACAAUGUCUCAAUCAACAUCGCUUAUGGACGAAAACUUCUCAGAUGUUCCGAUAAACUUCGACUGGAGGGAAAAAGGUGCAGUGACUCAUAUUAAGAAUCAAGGUCAAUGUGGAUGUUGCUGGACAUUUUCAGCAGUGGCAGCUGUUGAAGGGAUAAUCCAAAUUAAAACUGGUAAUUUAAUCUCAUUAUCAGAGCAACAACUGUUGGAUUGCAGCAAGAAUGGAGGAUACGGAGGUUGUCAAGGAGGAUGGAUGACGGAUGCUUUCGAAUACAUUAUCCAAAACCAAGGAAUAACAACCGAAGAAAGCUACCCAUAUCAACAAAUGCAAGAAACUUGCGACACUGGUAAACAGAUAAACAAAGUUUCCAUAACUGGAUAUGGAACGGUGCCUGAAAAAAACGAAGAAGCAUUGCUAAAGGCCGUCGCAAAACAACCGGUUUCGGUCGUAAUCAGAGGCCAUAGCUAUAGCUAUGGGAAAUACUUUCAGCUUUACAAAGGUGGAGUGUUUACCGAAGAUUGUGGCAGUUCUUUCGUCCAUGCAGUCACCAUUGUUGGAUACGGGACAAGUGAAGAAGGUUUAAACUAUUGGCUGGUUAAGAAUUCAUGGGGAGAAACUUGGGGUGAAAAUGGGUAUAUUAGGAUUCAUAGGGAUGUGAAUACGCCAGGUGGCUUAUGUGGUAUCGCCAUGGAAGCUUCGUUUCCAAUUAUAUAAGUUUAUAUAAUAGACAUUCUCUACCUA